GAAGAGAGUUUCCUGUGAGCUCGGCUUCCUCAACAUGGCAGCGCCCUUGUCUGUGGAGGUGGAGUUCGGAGGCGGUGCGGAGCUCCUGUUUGACGGUGUGAAGAAACAUCAGGUCACCUUGCCUGGACAGGAGGAACCCUGGGACAUCCGGAACCUCCUUGUCUGGAUCAAGAAGAACUUGCUAAAAGAGCGGCCAGAGUUGUUCAUCCAGGGAGACAGCGUGCGGCCAGGGAUUCUGGUGCUGAUUAACGAUGCCGACUGGGAACUGCUGGGUGAGCUGGACUACCAGCUUCAGGACCAGGACAGCAUCCUCUUCAUAUCCACGCUGCACGGCGGCUGAGGGCCCUUCUCUGUGCCUGGGCCCCCUUGGGGUGGGGAGAACAGAACAAUCAGACAUCCCCUUGGGCCCUGCUUCCAGAUCUCCCUGUCUCCCUUGGCUGCUUUCUUCCCUCCUCUGUCCCCUGAGGUCCCUCCAGGCAGGGAAAAGAGGCCAGGUGCUAAAAAUGAGCCUUUCUCAGGCACGUGAGCAGGGGAAGGCAGGCAGGCGGGCAGGCGCCCGAGCCCGGCACUGCCUCUCCCAGCAGCUGAGGUGGGGGAGGGUGCCCCUCAGUUUGUCAGGAGUGGAGGGGUCUGUGCGGCCAGGUGACCCUGCAGCUGUCUACUCCUGUGUCUCAGUCUAAACACUGAGUGACCGCUGACGAGGUUGGAGGGGUCCAAUCUCAAAGAUUGGAGGGGUCUCCGCCUCAGUUUCCCCAUCUGGACAGCAGAGGGCUCUGCCUGUCCCCCACUGAUAUCAUUGUGGAACCCCAGCUGGGGUCCCCUAUUCAGUGCUGCCCCCACACACACAGCAGCUGCUCUUCCAGCCACACCCCUCCUCCUGCUCCCCCAUCCACAGCCCUUGACCCUGGCUGGCCUCCCCCAACACAGGCCACCAGAUGGGCUCCUGAGACCCUCCUCCCGGCAAAAGGCUGCCAGCAUGCAGCUCAUGCCGCUGAGGGGGGAGAGAAGGAGGGUGUGGGCUAAACCUUGGACUGGCAUAUAGAGGUUUGGGGGGUCAAUGUGCCUCAGUUUCCUCCUCAACAACAACUGAAUUUUUAUAGUAUCUGAAAACUGGGGAGAUACUUGAUGGCACAAAUGUACACUUGAUCUCCUCUCUCACCUUCUGCAGGAAGCAGGAUGGGGGCAGGCAGCACCUGGUAGGCAGGAUGGUUCACCCCUCCUCCCUCCAUCCCUUCUGGAAGUCUUGGGGCCUCAGUGCCUGCAACAGCUGGCCUUGGGCAAAUAAAAGACUAGGUUGUUUA